CCCGAACUAACAAAGCUGUCUGCAUGUUUCUUACUCAGAUUACUCUCUUACCAAACCCAUCCCUUUUUUCUUUUCUUUGGAUGAUUCAGUGACAAAUUACUGAGUGAACUGUGCUGGUGAUCUUCACUCUGGAUACCAAGGUGAGAAGAUAAUAAAGGAGGGAAGCAAUCAAGGAAGAGGAAAAGGAGACAUUCCACUACAGCCCCUGCGGAGCUGCAGCAGGGACGAGCCUACUGGCUGUGAUUUCUAGUCAGGAAAGGCAGAGGAGCAAGGAGAACGCAGGAAUGGGUUAUCUGAGGGGUCUCCUUCAGCUUUUGAUAUUCCUCUAUGCAGCAGGAGUGUGUGCAGGUGUGGAUGGCGCAAAGGUCAGCAACUUGUCAUCGCAAAUCUGUCUUCAUCCGUGUGAGGACCUGUUUGGCUUGCUCACUGAGAUCCAUGGCCUACGUGUUGUGACCAACAACCUGCUCGAAGACUUGGAUAGAGUAUCCAAAGAAAAUGAAGAGAUACGGAUAUCUUUGGAUGAACUCAGUAACAGACAUGGCAGUGGUACCAGCAGUGGCAAAGGGAAAGGCCAUGGGAGAGGCAAUGGGAACGGCAACAGCAGCAGCAGCAGCAGCAGCCACGGCCGUGGCCACAGCAACGGCAAUGGCAGGGGCAAUGACAAUGGGAACGGCAACGGCAGCAGCAGCAGCCACGGCCGUGGCCACAGCAACGGCAGUGGCAGAGGAUAUGGCAACAGCAACGGGAACGGCAACAGCAGCAGCAACAGCCACGGCCGUGACCGCAGCAAUGGCAGUGGCAACAGCAGCGGCAGUGGCAAUGGUAAUGGCAACGGCAACGGCAGUGGCGUCAGCAGCAGCAUCAGAAGCAGCCGCAGAGGUGGUGAUGGUGACAGCAGUGACAAUGAUCUUGACAGAGACAGUGAGGCGUUGUGCGUGCAGGAUGGACGAGUGUACGAGCAGGGGGAGGACUGGGAGGUUGACAGCUGCACCUCCUGUACUUGCCAGGAUGGAAAGGUGGUUUGUCAACAGGUGUCAUGUGCUCCUGUGUCCUGCAUCAAUCCGUCUUUUGUCGAUGGAAGUUGCUGUCCUGUCUGUCUUAAUGAUGAAGACGGCUGGUCCCCAUGGUCUGAGUGGACCCACUGCUCCGCCACCUGUGGACGUGGAGGGCAGCAAAGGGGUCGAUCCUGCAAUGGCAUCAUGCCGUCCUGCUCUGGCCCGUCAGUCCAAACCCGCAGCUGCAUGAUGAUGAAGUGUGACCGCAAGGUGCGUGCUGACGGGAACUGGGGCCUUUGGUCUCCUUGGUCUGCGUGCACAACCACAUGUGGAGAAGGAAACAUUACACGGGUCCGUCUGUGCAACAAUCCUCCACCACAGAAGGGGGGCAAGGGGUGCACAGGUAGCGCCAUGGAGACACAGCCUUGCAACAACACGCUCUGCCCGAUUGCUGGAGGCUGGACGGCCUGGACUGAAUGGUCAGUCUGUUCAGAGACAUGUAACGGGGGCCUCAUGAGUCGCCAGCGAGAGUGUGUGAACCCCGCCCCUCAGAACGGCGGGAAGCCUUGUGCUGGAGAUGCUGUGGACUAUGAAGGAUGUAACAAACAACCAUGUCCUUUAGAUAUGUGCUUGCUUUCUAAUCCUUGUUUUCCUGGGGUUAAAUGCACAACGCAUCGCGAUGGAUCAUGGGAAUGUGGACGCUGCCCGUUGGGUUUCAGUGGUAACGGCACUCAUUGUGAAGAUGAGAAUGAGUGUGAAGUGGAGGGAGUGUGUGUUACACUGUGCAUAAACACAGACCCUGGAUUCUACUGCCUGCCCUGUCCGCCGCGCCAUAAAGGCACUCAACCGUAUGGCCUCGGUCUGGAUGAAGCCCUGAAAACCAGGCAGGUGUGUGAACCGUACAACCCUUGCAAAGACAACACACACACUUGCCACAAGUAUGCUGAGUGUAUAUACCUUGGCCUGGCGUCUGAGGUCUUGUACAAGUGUGUGUGUGCGGUGGGGUUUGCUGGCGAUGGCUCCCUGUGUGGUGAGGACUCUGAUCUGGAUGGCUGGCCCAAUAAUAGAUUACCCUGCAAGCAGAAUGCCACCUAUCACUGUGAAAAGGAUAAUUGCCCCAUGCUGCCAAACUCUGGACAGGAAGACCUGGAUGCGGACGGACAGGGCGAUGCCUGUGACCCUGAUGAUGACAAUGAUGGCAUCACAGAUGAAAGGGACAAUUGCCCGCUGAUGUACAACCCUCGGCAGUUUGAUUCUGACAGGGAUGGGGUUGGGGACAGCUGCGACAACUGUCCAUUUGAAAGCAACCCUAUGCAGACAGACACUGAUAACAAUGGAGAGGGAGACGCCUGCAGCAUCGACAUAGAUGGAGACGAGGUUCUGAAUGACCGGGACAACUGUCCUCUAGUCUACAACACCGACCAGAGGGACACAGACCUGGAUGGUGUCGGAGACCAGUGUGACAACUGUCCACUUCUACAUAACCCAGACCAGCUUGACUCUGACAGUGACCUGGUGGGAGACAUGUGCGACGACAAUGAGGACAUCGAUGAGGACGGCCACCAAAACACUCUAGACAACUGCCCCUAUAUUGCCAACAGCAAUCAGGCUGACCACGACAAAGAUGGAAAGGGAGAUGCUUGUGACCAUGACGACGACAAUGACGGUAUCCCUGAUGACCGUGACAACUGCAGACUGGUACCCAACAGGGACCAGGUAGACUCUGAUGGUGAUGGCAGUGGAGACGCAUGCUUUGAUGACUUUGACAAUGACAGUAUUCCAGAUGCGUUGGAUCCCUGUCCCCUGAACCAGGAUAUUGGGUCUACAGAUUUCCGGAAGUUUCAGGUUGUUUUGUUGGACCCUAAAGGCACCACGCAGUCUGACCCCCUCUGGGUCAUCCGCAGCCAGGGUACAGAGCUGCUGCAGAUUGCCAACUCUGACCCCGGGAUCGCUUUAGGAUACGACAAGUUCAGCGCCGUGGACUUCAGUGUCACAUUUUAUGUAAAUACUAACCGAGAUGACGACUACGCAGGGAUUGUGUUUGCCUAUCAGUCCAGUCAACGCUUCUACGUUGUCAUGUGGAAACAGGUGUCUCAGGCCUACUGGGAGAAAAAGCCAACCAAAGCUUUCGGCACUGCUGGAGUCUCAAUCAAACUGGUCAACUCAAACACAGGACCAGGGGAGUAUCUGCGCAAUGCUCUGUGGCACACAGGAAACACUAGACACCAGGUCAGAACUUUGUGGCACGACCCCAAUAAAAUUGGCUGGAAGGACUACACACCCUACCGCAUGCACCUUAUCCACCGACCCAAGACUGGGUUUAUCAGGGUGGUGGUGUACGAGGGCAGGGACAUUUUGUCCGACUCGGGGGCCGUGUAUGACCACACCCUGGCUGGAGGCAGACUGGGACUGUUUGUGUUCUCUCAGGAACAUGUUAUCUUCUCAGACCUCAGAUAUGAGUGUAGAGGUAAGACAUCCUGCUAA